CAGGCUGAGUUCCGGCGGCGAGGGCGCUUGCACGCAGCCUCUUCCUCCGUCCUCCUGCCCGCUCGGGAGUGGUUGUCUUGGUUACGGGUCCUAACGGUCCCCAAUCUGAAAUUCCUUCUGGAGGAGCUGCAACCUGAGUUUCUGUUUGGGGGACACUUUCAGCUCCUUGAAGAGGCGGCGGUAGUGGCUGAUCCAGCCUUAGACGUGGAGUAGUUGAAUCUUUCCAGAAAAUUGAAACUGAAUUGGAGAAGAAAACUGAGCCAUUAAAAAAAAAAAAAAAAAAAUGUCUCGAAAAAUUGCCAGGGCAUCAAAAAAAGUGAACAUCUCUAGCUCUCUGGAAUCUGAAGAUAUUAGUUUAGAAACAACAGUUCCUACAGAUGAUAUUUCAUCAUCAGAAGAGCGAGAUGGUAAAAUCAAAAUCACCCAGCAACUAAUCGAACGUAAGGAAUUACUUCAUAAUAUUCAGUUACUGAAAAUAGAGCUAUCCCAGAAAAAUAUGAUGAUAGACAACUUGAAAGUGGAUUAUCUUACAAAGAUUGAAGAAUUAGAAGAGAAACUUAAUGAUGCACUUCACCAGAAGCAGCUACUAACAUUGAGAUUAGACAAUCAAUUGACUUUUCAACAAAAGGAUGCCAGAAAAUAUCAAGAACUAAUGAAACAAGAAAUGGAAACUAUUUUAUUGAGACAGAAGCAACUAGAAGAGACAAAUACUCAGCUAAGAGAGAAGGCGGGAGAUAUUCGCCGAAACUUGCGUGACCUUGAAUUGACAGAAGAGCAAUAUGUGAAACUAAAAGAUUUUCCUGAAGACCAGCUUUCUAUUCCUGAAUAUGUAUCUAUUCGGUUCUAUGAACUAGUGAAUCCAUUAAGAAAGGAAAUCUCCGAACUGCAAGUGAAAAAGCAUGAACUAUCAGAAGAAUUAAGUGAAAACAAAGGCCACUUGAAACAACUGACAGAGACUUAUGAGGAAGAUCGAAGAAAUUACUCCAACCUUCAAAUUAGAUGUCAACGUUUGGCUUUAGAAUUAGCAGACACAAAACAGUUAGUUCAGCAAGGGGAUUACCGUCAAGAAAACUAUGAUAGAGUCAAAAGUGAACGUGAUGCACUUGAACAGGAUGUAAUUGAGUUACGGAGAAAACAUGAAAUACUUGAAGCCUCUCACAUAACUCAAGCUAAAGAAAGAAGUGAAUUAUCAAAAGAGGUAACCACCUUACAGCAGACUGUUACUUUGCUACAAAAAGAUAAAGACUAUCUCAAUCGCCAAAACAUGGAGCUUAGUGUUCGCUGUGCCCAUGAAGAAGGUCGCCUUGAAAGACUUCAGGUUCAACUUGAAGAAGCCAAAAAGGCUAGAGAAGAGAUGUAUGAAAAAUAUGUAACAUCCAGAGAUCAUUAUAAAACAGAAUAUGAAAAUAAGCUACAUAAUGAAUUGGAACAAAUCAGGUUGAAAACUAAUCAAGAAAUUGAUCAACUUCGAAGUGCCUCUCAGGAAAUGUAUGAACGGGAAAACAGAAAUCUCCGAGAAGCCAGGGACAAUGCUGUGGCGGAAAAGGACCGAGCAGUGAUGGCUGAAAAGGAUGCUUUAGAAAAACACGAUCAGCUCUUAGACAGGUACAGAGAACUGCAACUUAGUACAGAAAGCAAAGUAACAGAGUAUCUCUAUCAAAGUAAAUUAAAAUCUUUUGAAAGUGAGCGCGUUCAACUUAUCCAAGAGGAAACUGCAAGAAACCUCACACAGUGUCAACUGGAAUGUGAAAAAUAUCAGAAGAAAAUAGAGGUUUUAACUAAAGAAUUUUAUAGUCUCCAAGCCUCUUCUGAAAAACGCAUUACUGAACUUCAGUCACAGAACUCUGAGCAUCAGGCAAGGCUAGACAUUUAUGAGAAAUUGGAAAAAGAGCUCGAUGAAAUAAUAAUGCAAACUGCAGAAAUUGAAAAUGAAGAUGAGGCUGAAAGGGUUCUUUUUUCCUAUGGCUAUGGUGCUAAUGUUCCCACAACAGCCAAAAGACGACUAAAGCAAAGUGUCCACUUGGCAAGAAGAGUGCUUCAGUUAGAAAAACAAAACUCGUUGGUUUUAAAAGACCUGGAACAUCAAAAGGAGCAAGUAACACAGCUUUCACAAGAGCUUAACAGGGCCAAUUCUCUGUUAAACCAGACUCAACAGCCUUACAGAUAUCUCAUUGAAUCAGUGCGUCAGAGAGAUUCUAAGAUUGAUUCCCUGAAGGAGUGUAUUACACAACUUGAGAAGGAUGUCAGCAAUUUAAAUAAAGAAAAGUCAGCUCUACUACAGAUGAAGAAUCAAAUGGCAUUAGAUUUAGAACAACUUCUAAAUCAUCGUGAGGAAUUGGCAGUAAUGAAACAGAUUGUCACCAAUAUGCGUAGUAAGCAUUCUGAGGACCAGUUACUUCUUACUAAAACAGAUGCAAAAAAUAUGACAGAGAAUCAUAAAUCAAAGACUUUAAAUGUGCCUAGAGGACACGAAGACAAUAUAUUUAUACCCAAACCAACACUCUUUACCAAAAAAGAAGCACCAGAGUGGUCUAAGAAAGAAAAGAUGAAGACCUAGUGUUUUGGACGGAUUUGCUCAAUUGUUACUACUCCUGAAGUUCUUUCUCUGAUGAACAAAAAAGUUUGUCAUAAUCAUGUACUUAGUGUUUUUUUAAAUGACUAAAGUUUAUUUUAACUGAAUGUUAAAUUAACAGAUUUUAGCAGGAUAAUCAAAAUGUAUGAAGAGCAAACAAUAGUACACUUUGUAUUUGGUUUUAUCUGUUUUGUUACAAAACAAAUAUAUACUCUUCUGAUUUAAAUUUUAGGGUUUUCAUAAUUCUCAAUGCAUUUUUAAAGUACAAGGCUUAUAAAUAUUUGGCUAAAUAUUGUCAUAUCAGUGAGUAUAUUUUCUAACUAUAUAAAUACUACAUUUAAAUGUCAUAACAGAAAUAUCAAGACACUGUACAUUUUUUAAAACCUAGAAUCAUUUGUGAAAUCUACUAGAAGUUACUGCAGAUGCCCAGUAACAGUGGUCAGAUAUCAUAUACAUAGGUGGAUAUGAAUUGCUGAUUAUUUCUUUGGGCUCUGUUUUUCCUUCUAUUUCAGGUGAUCAUUAAUCAGUAAAAUCUAGUAGAAAAUCUCUUAUUUCAUUGGUCAAGUAAAGAUUUGAUGUCGUUACACUGAGCAAAACAGUGCUGAUUCAGACGCAGGAGGGACCAAAUUUCUAGUGAGUGAAGUAAAAGAGAGUAGCAUUUUUCUCUUUUUCUCAAAAUAUGUUCCAUUUCUUAGAAGACCUAAAACUUAAAGAAGAGGGGAAGAAAGGAAAUACAAAAAGAAAUGAGAUGUAUUUUUAUAUAUCAGGUUUUCUCAAACACUAUUGAACAUAGUGGCUGGGUACUUCUUUGCUCCAGGUGGGAGUGGAGGACAGCCCUUGGGUUUGGGGGAUGUUUACCAGCAUCUCUGGCCUCUACCACUAGAUGACAGUAGCACCCCCCCAGUUGUGAUAACCAGAAAUGUCUCCUGUCCCCUGGGGUAGCAAAAUCACCCCCUGCCUCCUAAUGAAGAACCAGUGAUAUCAAUGAUUAUCCUUGUGGAUAUGAAACAAGAAUACCAUCUGUUCAGUGUGUUCUUUGAAAAUCACAAUAGUACAGAACCAUUAGUUGAGUGAGAGAAGAGAAAAAGCCUUUGAUAAUAAUAUAUACUUGUAAAUCUAUCAUUGGCCUGAAGACCCUAAUCCCGUUCCCCCUCCUCUUUUCAUUUAGCUAAACAUCUUCUAACAUAUGACUUUCUUCAACAAAGGUUUGUGAAUAUGACCUUUCUUAGGCCUGCAUUUAAAAUCCAGAAUGCUUAUGUAUAAUUCACUAAAACUAAAUUAACUUGUGAACAUAAAUUGUUUCCUUCUAAAAUGAUAGAAGAAAAUGUCUUAUCUUAUUUUCAACUCUAUUAAUCUAAAAGCAUUUUAUGAUUUACUUUAGUCAGUUCAUUAUUAUAUGAUAUUUUAAUAUAAAGAAAUACUGAUUGAUUAUCCAGGUUAAAGUAAUGAUGUGGACAAGGGCGCAGAAGUAAGAAAAUUAGGAGCUCAUUUAAAAAAUAAAAACUAUGGGACGCCUGGGUGGCUCAGUGGGU